AUGGCGGAAGGAGACCGUUGUGGAAAAAACGAUGUAUACCUUCUGACCGGUACAGCAUGGAUUCGGCACCCCAGCACAAACCAGGUGGAAGAGGUUCACAUUCUGCUCGACACGGGAGCAGAUAAGUCGUUCAUUCAAAGCGAAUUUGCAAAUGAGCUCCAACUCCCGAUCGUGCGCACUAUUGGAUUAUCAGUAUAUACCUUUGGUGAAAAGGAGCCCAAACAGAAAGAGUACACCGUCACCUGCAUGAGGAUAUGGGACAACAACGACCAGCCAAUCGACCUGACCCUCUGCAAGACGGACGUUAUUUCAGGCAGUGGGAAACAAAUAAAUUUAAGCGAUGCGGACAGAGAGUAUUUGGCUAACGAACAAAUACAACUCUCCAACAGACAAGGAUCGAUAAUUCGCCCAAAAAUUCUACUGGGAUGUGACCAGCUCUGGAAUCUCAUCAAGUUCCCUUGCGAAGCGCAUACAAUGCCGUCUGGUUUACGUAUAAUCCCAUCCCGCUUGGGCUAUCUGCUCACAGGUCAAAAAGACCUUGAGGGCGAGCAAGCCUCAGAUGGAAUGUGUAACUUAGUGCAAACCAACUGCGAAAUCCUCUUCAAAACACAGAACGAAGCCGAAGUCGACUCAGAGGAUCUCGAAAAUGGGGAUUCCGACCUGAUAACAAAAGUUGAUCAAGACUACAACGACAAUCAAGUACGAGCAUUGCGAGGGUCUGAAGAACAUCAACGGAAGUCGAACUCAGAAUUGCAAAGUCACAAGAACGAACGCUACAACCUUCGGAAAAGACAGCAGGUCUGUUAUCAAGAUUGA